AGGGCAGAACGAUUUACAGUAGAAUUGUGCAUGACGUGGAUAACCAGCAGAGAAUCCUCUUCCGGCUGUUAUCAAGAAUUGAGAGUAAGCCAUAAUGACUCAAAAUUCGCUCUAUAAAAUUAUCAUCCUCUUUGUCAUUCUGCACAAUGAAGAAAGGUCUCUGGCUUUCAAGGUUCUCCUAACUAGUUCCGUUACCCACCAAGAAAUAACGCAAAAAGCAAUUUUACAAACAACAGCAGAUGUCUGUAAGGCUCAGGCACUUCAACAAGGAAGAGAUUUUGUGCUGCCAAGUGUAUUGACAGUUGAGUCUCUGACAAAAGCUUGCUCGUCUCCAGCAUCAGCCAAAGGUUUCCAACAAGCCAUUAGUAGAGUUCGCAAUCAAAAUGCCUGGGUUGAUGGAAAAUAUUUCAUGAGUGCAAGACGCCACUUUGAUGACGAGACUUUUUUGAAGGGCCGGGACCUUAUCACAGAAGGUGUCAAAGCUGUUAAAGCUGCUGCCCAACAGGGUAAUUAUGAAACAGCAAGAAAGCGGUUGGGUGAGGCGCUACAUACUCUACAGGAUUUCUACAGUCACAGCAACUGGAUAGAACUGGGGAACCAAUUCCCAUUCUCCAACCUGACCAGACCUGAUAGUCAAAUAAACAACAUUGCAGAACCUACAAGACCCACUUGUAGAAACUGUGAUGGAGGUAACUGUAGUAACAAUAUACUGGAAGACAUCAUACGAGAGAAAAAACUGACAUCAGGAUACUUUGGACUCUUCAAACCAUCUGGGAAAUGUAGCCACGGAACUUACUUUGACAUUUCAAGUUGGUUUACACCUAAAGGUGGAAUCAAUAAAGAUUCACGAUCAUCUGAGCAUGGCUACCUUCAUGAUACUGCUGCGACGGUGGCCAUCGCUGCGACCAAAGAACUUCUGGAAGACAUUAGAGGUUUUUUGGGAGACUCUAACUUUUUGAGGUUGAUGGGAUUUUCUCAGAAUUCAGUACUGUGCUUUGCAAUUGAUACCACAGGCAGCAUGGGAGAUGACAUUGAUGAAGUACGAAGAGUCACUUCCAACAUUACUGACAAGAUGAGAGACACUGUAUCAGAGUACAUUCUGGUGCCAUUUAAUGAUCCUGACUUUGGACCACUAAUAAGAACAACAGAUCCGGAUGAGUUCAAAUUACAAAUUAAUGCCCUUCAACCACAUGAUGGAGGAGACACACCAGAGCUCAGCCUCUCAGGACUCAGGCUGGCUCUGACUGGUUCACCUCCCCAGUCUAAGAUAUUUGUUUUCACAGAUGCUGAUGCAAAGGACAAAGAGUUAAACAACACUGUAUUGGCACUGAUUGAAAGUACAAAGUCUGUUGUGAACUUCAUGUUGACUAACAGUCUUGCUGCUCGUCGGAGAAGGAGCGGGGAUCCGAAUCAGGGCCAGAGUCAGCAUUACUCCACCAGGAUCUCCAAUCCCUUAAAUCAGGUCUAUGUGGAUUUGGCUCUGGCCUCUGGAGGACUGGCAAUUGAGGUCACCAAAGCAACACUUCCUCAAGCCACCAGCAUUAUAGCGGAUGCCUCCACAUCUGCUCUAGUAACUGUUUUUCAAACUGUAAAGAAAUCAGGAAAAGCAGAAACCUACUCUUUCACUGUGGACUCCUCACUGAAAAAUAUGACAAUCUAUAUUACAGGCAAUUCUCUAGCGUUCAACAUCACAAGCCCAUUAGGGGAUUCUCAGACCAAUGAAGAAUUAAGUGGAAAACUGGGGUUGGUUGAGCAUGUGGGCAACUUUUACACAGUGCGUCUGACUAUCCUUGAUCCAGUAGGCCUUUGGAACAUUUACAUUAGCUCAUUACAGCCCUACACCAUCAAAGUCCUUGGUCAAAGUGACAUUGACUUCCUGUUCAACUUUGUGGAGCUAAAUGAAGGCGCUCAUUCAGGCUACAGUGAAUUAAGCGGCAGACCAAACAGUAACGUCACACUACUGCUUACCGUCAUGGGUGGGGACUCUGUUACCCCCACAGAGGUGGCUCUUGUGGAAACAUCAGGAUCCCAGAUUAUUAUUGGAACCCUUGAAAAGAUUGCAGAUGGGGAUUUCUUAGUCACAAUGAACAGUGUCCCAGCAGGAGAAUUUAUUGUCCGUGUGAUGGGGGAGAGGACUUCUUCACGCUCAUCAAAUGAUUGCUUUCAGAGACAGUCCAUCACUCAACACAGAGCUUCCAGUGUGGUUAUUACUGCUUGGACAGAUGAGGUGUGGGAGCCUGGGAAGACAUUGAGCAUACCUUUUACGGUGGUAUACAAUGGCUCUGAUGAGCUCUUCAGUAUUAAUGCCAGGAAUGACCGUGGGUUUGCCAUAGAAUUUCCCAGCACCAUGUCCGCUGGAAGUGGGAUGAGUGGAAAUAGCACAGUAAAUCUAACUGCACCCUCAGACACCCCUUCAGGCACUGAAGUGACUCUCACUAUCGAGGCAGAAACAUCAGGCAAAAGUGAUUUCAACUACGCUGUGCUUAAGCUUACAGUUGUUUCUCCGAUUACAGACUUCACCUCUCCAGUCUGUGAAAUUAUUAGCGUAAAUGCUAACUGCUCAGGCAACUGUAGCCUGUCGUCAUGGACUCUCUCAGCCAAUCUUACCGAUGGAAAUGGGACGGGUAUCAUGUCUGUGACUCUGCGUCAGGGCCUUGGAACCCUCAACACUAGCACCACAACUGGAGAUGGAGGCGUAAACGUCACUUUUGUGUUCUACAGUGCCUCUUGUUGUUCUGAAGUAAUGGAACUGGUUGCUGUAGAUGGAGCUGGAAAUGUUGGCAUAUGCUCAAGAUCAGUAACAUCUGCUGUCACCACCACACCCAACACCUCCAUGUCUACCGCUUCUACAACAAACAGCAUGACUACAGCGACAGCAGCAGCAACAACAGCAACGGCAAAAACUUCCUCUCCCUCCACUAAUGCCACAACUGACAGUGCUGGACACCAUUUUUAUCCACCUAUCGGUUUUUGGGUUGGUGUGGGAGCCAUUUUGCUUUCCCAUGUAUUAUGGUUGUAACGGUUUUAUUAUUGCCUUAACACUAACAUUCUAUCACCCCUGCCAAACAUUUUUUGAAAUGAUCAACACAGAGUCUGUGGGGUUUGACAAAAUGUUUAUGAAUACUUGAUUUAAUAUGUAUACCUAAGAUAAUCGUAAUUUCGGUUGACGGAUUAAAUAGAUUGUUUUUGAACAGACAAAUGGUGAUGGUAUUAUAACUUACUGACAGUUUUUAUACAAAUGAAAAGAGGCAUUUGUAUUCAAUUAUAUUUGUAUCUAUGAAAAGGGGCGUUUUUUUUUUUUUGCGAUUUAUAGAUUAAUCUGUUUUAUAAACUUUAACAUGCAUGACAAUUAUAUUAAAUGUACUAUAUUCAAUACUGCUUAAUGGGUUUUGAAUUAUUGUUUUAGUGAACACCUGGGUAUAACUUUACUAAUGCUAAAGAACAAAGUCAUUAAUGUGAAUAAACAUGAAAUUUCUCACGUUUA